AUGGUCCAACGUCUCCAAACCGCCCUGGUUGGCACUCCAGAGGGAGGCAUUCGUCUCUCCAAGACAGAGCCCAUUCCCGACAUCACAGGCGAUUCCGUCCUGAUCAAAACAAAAGCUGUGUCAGUAAAUCCCGUCGACACGAAAAUGAUCGGUCCCUACGUCACGCCAGGUGCAGUCGCAGGCUUCGACUUUGCAGGUGUCGUGGAAAGAGUCGGCCCUGAUGCGACAAAGUGCGAUAUCCAUGUUGGAGAUCGUGUUUGUACUGCGAUCAUGGGGAUGAACCCUCUUGAUCCUCAUGUUGGUGCUUUUUCUGAGUACACGGCUGCCGUGGAGUGGAUUCUGUUGAAGAUCCCGCCCCAUCUUAGCUUUGAAGAGGGUGCUUCUCUGGGCAUCAGCUUCAUGACCACUGGUCUGGCUUUGUUUAAGAGUCUGGGUUUGCCCGGCAAUCCUAUUGAACCGACCAAUGAGCCGAUACCAAUCUUGGUAUAUGGUGGUUCAUCAGCUACUGGAACUGCAGCAGUUCAGCUAGUCAAACUUGCUGGCUUUGAGCCCAUUGCAACAUGUUCACCCCGCAAUUUUGACCUUGUCAAGUCAUACGGCGCCAGCGCUGUCUUUGACUACCAACACCCCAACUGCACCGCAGACAUCAGAAAGCAUACCAAGAACAAGAUCAAGUAUGCUCUAGACUGCAUCUCCACCACGUCAAGCAUGCAGUUCUGCUACCAGGCCAUCGGUCGUGCUGGCGGCAAAUACACUGCUCUGGAGCCAUACUCAGAAGCUGUGGCGCGAACGCGCAAGGUGGUCAAGCCAGACUGGAUCAUGGGGCCACAAAUGCUAGGAAAGGAGAUUCGUUGGCCGGAGCCUCACUGGCGGCAGGCCAAUGCUGAGAUGGGUGAUUUUGGUGUUUACUGGACGGCUGUUCUACGGAAGCUUCUUGAUAAUGGGUUGAUUAGACCUCAUCCCAUUGUUGUUAAGCAAGGUGGACUCCCAGAGGUUCUUGGUGGCAUUGAAGAUAUUAGGGAGAAGAGGAUUUCUGGAAAGAAACUUGUCUUCCAAAUGGAGAGUUGA